ACGCAGGCGGGGACGUUCUGGUUUUUCCUUUCAAGUUGAGUCCGGCGUUCUGUAGUUACCAUGAAGCUGCUCUACCUGGUUCUGCUACUUGUCCCAGCCUGUGUCCUGGGUCAGUCCGCCUGUCGCCGACUGAACAUGGUCAGCAGAGCGGCCUGGGGUGCAGCGGCGCCCCGGGCCCGCACGCCGCUCAGCCACCCGACACAGAAGGUCGUGAUUCACCACAGCGACAGCCGCUGGACGGACCUGUUCAACUGGGGAGGGUACAGCGACCAGGAAGAGUACGAGGAGAGGGUGAGGGAAAUCCAGGAGGAUCACAUGGACAAGAACUGGGACGACAUCGGCUACAACUUUCUCAUCGACGGAUACGGAAACGUGUAUGUGGGGCGCGGAUGGGACAAUAAGGGUUCUCACACUCCCUGCUGCAACUCUAUCGCCAUCGGCAUCAACUUCCUCGGGUACUUCGAAGACAACCUCCCGACUAGAGCAGCCCGGGAGGCCGGGAAGAACCUGAUCGCUUGCGGGGUGGCGCUGGGGAAGAUCCGGCGCGGAUACGUCAUGGACUGUCACUCCGAUCUCGGGGCCAGCAGCGGGGACACCGACUGUCCAGGUGCAGCUCUCUGCGGCUACGCCAAGAGGCACUUCCGUGGCCUGUAGUGUUUACUGAAACUGUCUAUGUCCACACAUUUGGAUUUGCUACAUGUAAUUCAAUGAAAUCGUAUCUUAAAGUUUGCUUUUGUCGUGUAGAAAUGUCGGAAAAUA